GACGGAGGGGUGUUGUUCAAAGGGGACGGAUUUUUCUUCUCUCGUUUGAGGAGCGCUCUCGACGUGAGCUUUCAACCAAUUUCCACGCUCGUGCGAAUCACACGUAUUUUCACAAUUUUCGUCGCAACUUUAACCCUUUGCGAGUCCCAACUCGAGUGAUUUAACGCUAGAUUAUCUCCAAUUAAUAAGAGCGCAGUAUCGAUUCUGCGAGUAGAAUCCUCUUAGAUCUUUAUUUCUUUAUCGUCUCGAUCGAAAAAGUCGUCGGGCGAGCAAAGGGUUAAAAUGAAUCUCAACUCCUUUAUUUAUCUACAUUAUCUACAUAUUAUCGACUCGAUUUUACUAUACAAAAGUUCUAAGCUUUGAAUUACAUUCGAAAACAUAUACGUAUAUGUUUCAGAGCUAGCUCAUAAAUACGAUAGGAAGGAGCUUUCAAGCUUCCCAUCUAUAUUCCCUCCCCGUGCUUUUAUCUCGAAGAAAACGGGGAUUUCUUCCUGGUAGACACGCACGCACACCCUCUCCUCUCCCUCGCGUUGACCCUUGGAAAUCUCUGUUCCUUUUCGUUCCCAACAAAUUGUUUCUUUGAUCGUCGACCAAGCUUGCCACACCCCUCCCUCCAACAAACUCGACGCUAUUUUUCCCCCGACGACCUUGCCGAUAAGCGAAAAUAUUUUUCCUCGGAAUUACACGGGCCUCGUUUCGCGGAAACGAGAGUCGCUCGGGAACACGUCAUCGGUUGGGAAUUAUAAACGAAGUCACGCGAAUUAUCGCGAUAGUGGCGUUGUAUAUAGCAGCAUAGGCACCUGUUACACGCUGGGGGCGGGGGAGGGGACCCGCGCUCAUGCGAGGGGAACAGUUGUUAAAUUAUUCUUGAUCGCGCGCUAGCGAUAUUGGACGGUGGAAGGUGGGCCCACGCUUUGUCCGUGCUCGUCCGUGCUUCGGCUCACGUGUCGUUAUUAAUCAAGCGAAUAGUCAAGCGGUAGUAGAUUGGUGGGCAGGCGAUACGAGGAAAAGUUUAUAGGUUUUACGUAAGCUUUUGACUCGUUGGAGCAUAUUUAGCCGCGGCGACUCGUCCCGUACGGUCAAAUCGAAUCGACGAAACGUCUCGGUUGGGUGGUGUUGUUGUUUGAUCGUGGGGAGAGAAACGGAGUGUGACGAAAUUCCAAUCGAGAUCGAAUAAGUAUGAGCUUGCACGAUAAGUGAUUUUUCUUCCUAACCUUCGUGGCGUGAUCGUAUAUUUGUAGUAAACAAGGGUUACAAGGUUGGAUGAUAUUUCUAGAAGUGAGAAAGAGACAGACUGUUCUUCGUUAGAAAAUUACGUAACCACGGUCAGCGGUGGCGUUGCCAUUCGUAGCAGAUGCUUUGGAACGCAGGCCAUUAGACUUGGUAGAAAGGACCCUUAUCCUCGUUUCGCAGGGUCAUUUGAUCGGUUGGAAAGGUAAAAUCCAACUUGUCGCCGAUCCAAUGUCUCACAUUUAGGAAACUUGGUGGGGCGAACGAUUCGAGGGGGGAGAAAGGGAAGACAGGAGGAGAAGAGAAGAGGGGUGUGGUGGACGGAGAUACCAUGGCAACGCGACGAUUGUUAGACGGAAAUCCUCGAUGAGAAGUAGAUCCACGAUAUUAUUUCCGACGGCGAGAAGUGCAACGAAGAAACGAUUCGAUCUCGAUCGAGAAGAAGAAGAAGAAGAAGAAGAAGGAAGGGGUGGUGAAACGAACGUAGCCGAGAAUCGAAAUUCGACUUGUGAAAAAUGGCCGAGAAGCAAGAAUUCAAGGUUCUCUUUCGAAGGAGAUGGCCUCAGUAUAUCGGCGCGGUCUCAGCGUGCAUGGGUGGAUUUUCACUGGGUUGCGGUAUCGGAUGGAGCGCGCCAUGCGUUGAACUUUUGAAAGAGGUGCACAUGUACGACAUAUCGGCGAUCGCCUUGAUCGCCGCGAUUUUCCCGUUGGGUGCGGCUUGCGGAUUGCCAAUUGUGCCAUUCCUGAUCGACAAGAUCGGUCGAAAGUGGUUGAUGCUCUCUCUGAUUCCGGCCUUCAUCCUCGGCUGGGUUUUCAUCAUAAUCGGUGUUUCCGUGUUCGCCCUUCUGGUCGUAGGAAGAUUUCUCACCGGCGCCUGUGGUGGGAUGUUUUGCGUCAUAGUGCCCAUGUACUCCGCGGAGAUUUCAGAGAAACAAAUCAGAGGUACUUUGGGUAUAUUCUUCCAAUUAUUGCUCGUGAUCGGAAUCCUGUACGCUUACUGCUGCGGAUACGCUAGAAACGUCGUUACCACGACGGGUCUUUGUUUAGUUGGUCCAAUUCUGUUUGUUAUAAUGAUGAUAUUCAUGCCCGAGAGUCCUAUGUUUUACAUGGUAAAACGCAACGAGGAGGCUGCCAAAAAAUCGAUGAGAUUCUUCCGAGGACCGGAUUACGAAGAAAUCGACGAUGAGCUCGCUAUAUUCAAAGAACAAGUAGAGAAAAGCGCGCUCCAGCAAGUGACAUUCGACGCGUUCAUGAAGAAAGCUGUGCUGAAGACGUUGGGGAUCGCUUAUGGGCUGAUGUUCGCCCAACAAUUCAGCGGUAUCAACGCGAUCAUAUUCUACAGCGAGACGAUUUUCAAGCUGACCGGCGUCGAUAUAGAUCCCUUGCUGCAGAUGGUGGUGUUCGCGGUGGUCCAGGUGAUCGCUUGCGUCAUAGCUGCUGCGCUGAUCGACCAAGUGGGCAGAAAAGUACUCCUGGUAAUAUCUUUUGCGGUGAUGUGCAUCUGCCUGAUAGGUCUGGCCGUGUUUUUCAUCAUAAAAGAAAGCAAUCCGCCGGUAGCCGACACUCUAUUUUGGUUACCGCUCCUUUGCGCUUGCUUGUACAUCCUGUCCUUCUGCCUGGGUGCCGGUCCUAUACCGUGGGCCUAUAUGGGAGAGAUCUUUCCUACCAAGUUAAAGGGGACCGCUUCCACUUCCGCAGCAUUGUUCAACUGGAUAUUGGCGUUUAUCGUGACCGUGUCGUUCUCGAGCGUGGUCGAGGCUGUCGGGAUGGCACCUGUCUUCUUCUUCUUCGCGUUGAUCUGCGCUUUGAGCGUGGUUUUCGUGAUCUUCCUUUUGGUCGAGACAAAAGGGAAAACUUUCACCGAGAUACAGAGGGAGUUCGGUACCUUCGAAAUCGAGGAAUAAAAAAAAUAUAUAUAUAUAUUGAAUAAAAAUAUAUAUCGAAUAU